AUGGUGCAUCGACCGCAGUCACUGUCGUCGAAAGACGGCUUUGGCUGUCGAGAUCGAUCCCGUUCUGUCGCGCCAUGUACUCACUGUCGUUCGCAUCCUCACUACCCUUCGUCCCUUCGCAAAAGGACGAUAGCAGCUCCCUGGUGUACGUUGUCCACUAUGUCAACUCUACGCGGACACAAAGCACGGAUAACGAUUGCGGUUGGUACAUUAUCUGAGAUGCUUUCAACUAUCGAUUCCAGCAGUUUGACACCGAUCAAUACCGAGACGGCGCCGCAGAUGCAGCUCCGUACGAUUCUACGUCGAAGAGGAGUGAACUCUGCCGUCAAACGCGCGAUAGAAAACGCAUCAGGACUUCUUAAAGUCCGUUAUGACGCAUUGUUGUCCUUUGUUCGGACUCAGGAGAAUUGCGAAGAACUUCAACAAGAAGUCGACCGCUUCUGGGAUGAACAACAAGGCGAGAAGCCUCUGGAAGACGCACAAGUCCUUAUUACAGCUUUGGAUGCGCAACUGCUCAUGGACGACCGAUUCAACUACGUCGGUUGGAAUUGCCAACCUUUGACAGAGAUGUCACGAAGUUCUACGAUUGAUUUCUGGUGCAGAUUCAAGACUGCAGUACAUGAUAACACCAAUAUCUCGUUGUCGACCAAGUUCAUUUACUUGACCAACUCGUUGAAGGGCAGCGCAGCACUCAUUGUUCAAGGCUAUGAUCCAUCGAAGCCAGAAAACUACCAACUUGCUGUACAAGCGCUUCAUAGGCGAUAUGAUCGCCCUAAGUUCACCCACAACCUUUUCCAUCAGAGGUUGGAACAGCUGCCAGCGUCAAGCCAUUCAGCUUCAGUACAACGGGACACACUUUCCCAAAUUCAGUCCUUUAUUCUGCAACUCAAUCGUUACGAGGAUACUACCACCUCGUUGGCACUUAUGAAGACGAUUUUGAAGAAGUUUCCUCGUGAACCGCAGUUGGCAGUCCACAAACUGGAACAUCGUUCAGGGAAAACAUGGACUUUACCGGAGCUUAUAGACGGUCUUAAUGAAGACAUAGAAGAAUCGGAGAGGAGAAGCUGGAAGAUUGCUAUUUCUACAUCUGGAUCCCAGCUCACUACCAACACCGUUUCCGUCAACAGCUCCCGAUCAUCAACACCGGAUCCACGAUACACGAUACGACCCCUCGAUGUGUUCUCCCUCAAUCUCUGCUGGAAAUGUUUCAAGCCAGGUCAUCCUAGUAGAACUUGCAAUCGAGGACCUUGUUCACGAUGUGGUGGAGAACACCAUUAUCUUGUUUGUCUCCAUGCUGGUAGAAGAAGUCGUCCUUCCGAAACGAGCCGAAGACGCUAUACACGAGAAUCCUCUGAUUCAACAUCGAGAAGCCAUUCCCGUGGACGUCAUCAUCGAAGAACGUCAUCCCACGGAAGACGAGCCUCAAGAUCCUCCUCUCGUGAAAGCUCUCAUUCCCCGCAUAGGUCUUAUAGCAGAACACCUUCUCCACGCGGUGAGACAUCACAUAGAUCGAGAACGUCCGAACAUCGCACAGUCCGUUUCCGGUCACCAAUACGUGACGAAAGUCCUAACAACGACAGUCCCAUUGCAAGAAAUCAGACGCAACGUCAGGAAUCCCCAGUUUAUGCAGCGUUGGAUUCCGACGAGGAAUACGAACAAUUAAUGCGUGUGUAUCGUGAUACAAACUCUCCGACGACGCUGCUCUCCACUACAUUGGACACUAGCACCAACUCCAGUCUGAUGACAGUGGAAGCCUUAGCUGUAAAUACACAAGCUAAUAGCGCCGUGUCAGUCACACUUUUACUCGAUACAGGUGCACAACGAAGCUUUGUUCAACAGGAUGCCAUCAACAAGCUUCGAAUUGCAGUCUCGGAGAUAACUCCACUUACCACAGUCACCUUUGGAGGAAUACGUACAACGGAACACUUAGGGAUCACGCAUGUCACCCUUAUCGAUAAACAAAACAAGAAACUCCAGCUUGUCCUCCGUACUAAGGACAAAAUUACGAUUCCAUGUCCCCCUAACAUCGGGUUGGACCACUUAGGUCCCUUUCGGUACAAGGACACGUCUGUUACAACGUCCCAACGUAUGGAUAUCCUUGCUCACCUGUAUGGCUACCAGAGCAAUCCACUUGGAACUCGUUUUGGACAAUUCCACCCAGGAAUUCCUACUUGCAUUUCGCCGCUUCAUCGCACGGCGAGGGACUUCGGAUUAUGUCCUAAGCGACAAUGCCACUACGUUUUGUGCAGCGAACACUGUGUUACAACAGCGUUUCGAGCUAUUCCAGCACUUACCAUCUUCAGUGGAAGCUCAUAUCACACCGUUGUCGUCAUGGAUAGGCGGAUUUUACGAGAGACUCGUAGGCCUCGUUAA